AGAAAGAAAAGUGAAUACUGUAGUCUAAAGUCUUCAGUGGAAGGUUGGAACUUGGAACCCUAGUUUAUCAACCGCUGAUCGUGCAGAUCCCUACGUCGAGUUAUUCUCCAGAUAAUAUAGGAUGACGAAAGAUGUGGAGAUGAAAGAGCUUCAGGCUCCUUCGAAUUCUGCUUUAUCUUCUGUUCCAUCAGCUUUGCAGCAUUUGAAGGAGAUAGCGUCUCUAAUCGAGACAGGCGCUUAUGCCAGGGAAGUCCGCCGGGUCUUGCGGGCCGUUCGCCUCACAAUCGCAUUGAGACGGAAGCUUAAGGCGCCUGUGCUAUCUGCAUUCCUCAAUUUUGCUCUUGUGCCAGGCUCAGAUGCCCACGCCCGUUUACUCUCCUAUCUUCCCAAGGAGGAUGAGCUUGAUAUGGAAGUUGAUACUGCAACAUCUGCGGUUCAAACUCCUGCGAAACACUCACUGCCUGAGCUUGAAAUUUUUUGUUAUUUGCUUGUGCUGAUAUUUCUGAUUGAUCAGAAAAGAUAUGACGAGGCCAAAGCUUGUGCCUCUGCAAGCAUUGCCCGUGUAAAGAACCUGAAUAGGAGAACUGUUGAUGUUCUUGCAUCCCGGCUGUACUUCUAUUACUCAUACAGCUAUGAACUUACUGGUGAUCUUGCUGAAAUUCGGGGGAACCUCCUUGCCUUGCACCGGAUUGCCACAUUACGCCAUGAUGAGCUUGGUCAGGAAACGCUACUCAACCUGCUGCUUCGCAACUACCUGCAUUACAAUUUGUAUGAUCAAGCUGAAAAACUGAGGUCCAAGGCACCCCGAUUUGAAGCCCAUUCUAACCAGCAGUUCUGUCGGUAUCUCUUCUAUCUGGGAAAGAUUAGGACUAUCCAGUUGGAGUACACUGAUGCAAAGGAGAGUCUCUUGCAAGCUGCUCGAAAAGCCCCAGUUGCAGCACGUGGCUUCCGAGUUCAAUGCAACAAGUGGGCUAUCAUAGUUCGGUUGCUACUGGGGGAGAUUCCUGAGAGGACUGUGUUUAUGCAGAAAGGCAUGAAGAAGGCUUUGAGGCCAUACUUCGAGCUUACAAAUGCUGUUCGGAUUGGGGAUUUGGAAUUGUUUAGGACUGUUGCUGAGAAGUUUACAGGGACGUUCAGUUCAGACCGGACACACAAUCUGAUUGUGAGGCUGCGACACAAUGUCAUCAGGACUGGGCUGCGCAACAUCAGCAUCUCUUACUCUCGCAUCUCACUGGCAGAUGUGGCCAAAAAAUUGAGGUUGGACUCGACGAACCCUAUUGCUGAUGCCGAGAGUAUUGUAGCUAAGGCAAUCCGAGAUGGUGCAAUUGAUGCUACAGUGGAUCAUGCAAAUGGGUGGAUGGUCUCGAAGGAGACUGGGGAUGUAUACUCAACAAAUGAACCUCAGUUUGCAUUCAACUCAAGGAUUGCAUUCUGUCUCAAUAUGCACAAUGAGGCAGUGCGGGCUUUGCGGUUCCCACCCAAUUCCCACAAGAAGGAGAAGGAGAGUGCUGAGAAAAGGCGAGAAAGGCAACAACAGGAGCAAGAGCUUGCUAAGCAUAUUGCAGAGGAGGAUGAUGAUGAGUUUUGAUUAUACUUUGGGUUCCCAAUUGCUGGGUGGCAUUUCCUGUAUUUGUUUGACCCUGCCAAAAAGUCAUGGUGAAGGAGGGAGUACCCAUUUUCUUGGACUUAUUUCCAUAUUCUUAGUCUCAGGUUUGGUAUGGCUACUGUUAUAACUU